CAGACACAGUAUAAGCUGCACUUGGAAUGAGACUGAGUAAUUUUACCUGGGAGCUGAGUACACGCUUUGAAUUGUACUGUCCCUAAAUCUGCCAGGCUCAGCCGGCCUUACAAAAUAAGACUUAAAAUAGGACAAAUUAAACCUCACCUGGUUAUUUUAAACAAAACGUUAGCUCCAAAGCCCCCUUCCCCCAGGAUGUUCCACUCAGCCAGCAAGCGGUGUUUCACCAUCGAGUCUCUGGUAGCGAAGGAUAACAGCCCCUUGUCGCCCCCGGAGGAGCCUCUCCGACCCACCGCUGUCACCUACUCGCCCUCGGCCGAUGCCUUCGCCAGCAGUUUCCAGACGGGAGGCCGCUCCUUGUACUCGGGACCCGAGCUGAUGUUCCAGGAGGCGGUCAGUCAUACUCCGCUGCCCGUUCACCCUCACCAGCUCGGAGCUCACCACCUGCAGAACCCGCACCCUUUCUUCACCCCCCAGCACAGGGACCCUCUCAACUUCUACCCCUGGGUCCUCAGGAACCGGUUCUUCGGACACAGAUUCCAAGGGACUGACUCUGCCCAUGAUACCAUGUUACUGCACGGCCCUUUCGCCCGGAAACCCAAGCGCAUCCGCACCGCCUUCUCCCCGUCCCAACUGCUCCGGCUAGAGAGAGCCUUCGAGAAGAAUCACUAUGUCGUCGGAGCCGAGAGGAAGCAACUCGCCAGCUGCCUCAGCCUCUCAGAGACCCAGGUAAAGGUGUGGUUCCAGAACAGGAGAACAAAAUAUAAGCGUCAGAAGCUGGAAGAGGAAGGACCUGAGUCCCAGCAGAAAAAGAAAGGCUCACAUCACGUGAACCGCUGGAGACUGGCAACUAAACAAUCCAGCCCUGAGGACAUUGAUGUCACCUCUGAGGACUAGUGAGGGAGAACAGGGGCUAGGGAGGUGGGAGUGGGAAAAUGGGGAGGGUGGUGCGGAAGGGGAAGGCGAAGAGCAAGAGACAUCGAAAGGUAAUGAACGAAAGCACAGACAUUUCUGACUCAGUGCAAGGAGCUUGGGAAACCUUCAAAAACAAGUUUGGAGAAUGACAACAAGACAUCGACAAUCAUCAAAGACCCUGUACAAGACUUUGUGGAAACUGAAUCUCAGAAGAAAAUGCACUUCAGGAUGUAGUUGGAAAAGGGUAACACUUUUCCAGUGACAUUGAACCAUGCCCUGUGUG